UCUAUAAGAUGAGCAUUAAUCAUUGGAAGUUUUCAAGACAAACAUCUCAUCUAACCUGAGAAACAAAGAAUCCCAUAUGGACUUGCUAACAAUGCUUGUGCAGGUUACUCUGGUAGCAGCCAUGGCAGCACUAAUAAGUGCUCAAGCCAAGCCGGAUUGCCAAGGCAAAUGUGGCAGCAUUAGCAUCCCAUAUCCAUUUGGCACAGAGGCGGGCUGCUACCAUGACCCUGAAUUUCUCGUUACUUGUAACAAAACUUACAAUCCUCCCAAACUUUUCUAUUCAAAUACUAGUAAUAUUAAUGUCACCAACAUUUCAGUCGAUGGUCAACUGUACAUCUUGCAUUAUAUAGCCAGCAAUUGCUAUGACCAGUCGGGUUCGCGGACCGUAAGUAAUAUACCCUCAAUCAGAUUGUCCAAAUUCAGGAUCUCUAGUACCAGAAACAAGUUCACAGCAGUUGGAUGUGCCACUCGAGCGUCCAUUGUAGGUGUGAAAGAAGAUAGGACGUAUGGGAGUGGAUGCAUGACCAUAUGUGACAGCCUAGACUACGUUACCAAUGGGUCUUGCUCUGGCAUCGGUUGUUGCCAAACAUCCAUCCCAACAGGGGUUGCACAGUACAGAGUAGUAUUAGACAGCUACUUCAACCAUUCGUUCGUAUGGAAUUUCAGCAAAUGUAGUUAUGCCUUUGUCGUUGAAGAGGAUAAGUUCAACUUCUCCUCCAACAAUCUUAGUAGUUUACAGAAAGUAGAAAAGCUCCCAGUGGUGCUUGAUUGGGCAAUUGGGAAUGUCAGUUGUAGUGUUGCCAAAGAAUCACCCGGAUAUGCAUGUAAAGGAAAUACCUCCUGUUAUGAAGUUGAUUUUGGUCAGGGGUACCGUUGCAAUUGCUCCGAGGGUUACCGUGGAAACCCAUACCUCACUGAUGGCGAUGGUUGCCAAGAUAUCGAUGAAUGUAACGAUGAACAAACACCCUAUCCGUGUGAAGAAAAUAAAAAUUUCUGUAAAAAUAGAGUGGGAAAUUACACGUGUUCUUGUCCCAAAGGGUACCAUGGAGAUGGCAGGAAAAAUGGAACUGGAUGCAUUGCUGAUCGUCUUCUGGUAAUUAAGAUUGGUGUGGGUAGUGUCAUUGGCAUUUUGGUAUUAAGUGUGGCAUCUUCUUCGUUAGUUUGGGUAAUCAGAAGAAGAAGGCUGAUCCAACAGAAAGCAAAAAAUUUUGAGCAAAAUGGUGGUACGAUGUUACAAGAAAAGUUAUCAUUGCUAGACCCUUCAGUUGAGGCAGCCAAAAUAUUUACCAUAGAAGUGCUCCAGAAGGCAACCAAUAACUUCAAUAAAAAAAAUUUUGUUGGUGAGGGAGGGUUCGGAAAAGUCUACAAAGGAGUUCUACCCCAAAAUAAUAUGGCAGUUGCUAUUAAGCGGUCUGUAGUGGUUGAUCAAAGCAAAUUCACUGAUGAGGUGGUUGCGCUCUCCCAAAUCAAUCAAACAAAUGUGGUAAAAUUGUUGGGCUGUUGUUUAGAGGUGGAAGUCCCUUUGUUGGUUUAUGAGUUUAUCACCAAUGGAACUCUAUUCCAUCAUAUACAUGAAGUACCAGGGUUGUCUAUUUCUUGGGAAAUUCGUCUAAGGAUUGCCAAAGAAACUGCUGAAGCACUUUCGUAUUUACACUCUAAAGGAAUCAUUCAUGGAGAUGUUAAGUCAACUAACAUACUCUUACAUGAUGGUUUCACUGCAAAAGUAUCCGACUUUGGAGCUUCGAGAAUAGGUCCAUCGAAUGAAAAACAGUUACAAACAAUGAUUCAAGGAACGCUCGGCUAUUUAGACCCUGAAUAUCAUCAGACAAGUCAAUUGUCCAAAAAAAGUGAUAUUUAUAGUUUUGGAGUGGUUCUUGUAGAGCUUCUUACUGGCAGAAUAGCAAUUUGUUCUGACAAACCAGAAAAGGAAAGAAUCUUGUCCAAUUAUUUCAUUUCAUCCAUGAAUAAGAAUCGCUUAAUUCUAGAUCAUCGAAUUGGGAAAGAGGAUGAUGAUGAGCAAGUAGGUGAAGUUGCCACACUUGCGUUGCAUUGCUUAAAAUUGAAAGGGGACGAAAGGCCUGCAAUGAGCGAAGUGGCAACUAAGCUUGAGGAACUUAUGAGAAAGGGGAAAAACCUUUUGACUAGUCCGGAAGUGAAUCCUACGGAACCCGAACUCCUUCCAGGUAAGUCGUUGGAUGGCAGUAGCACUAGCAGUACAGUUGGUUAUGAUAGUCCCAGCAACCAAGCAAAAGUACCACUCUAGAAUGUCAUGCAAAAUUUCAGUAUGUUUGACUGAGAAAUAAAUAUUACAUAAUCUUUUGAGUCUUCUAACAAGCAAAGUGAAAGAGUAGUGAGUAUUGUAUUCCAUUAAUGUUAUUUCACUUUCCUAAAUAUUUUAUCAUGUUCUGUUAUAUAUUUAUUACUGGGCAUUGGGACAAAUGCCAUAUUUGUCUUGUUUAGUCAUCAGUCUUUUUAAAUAAAAAGAAUGCUUAAAAAUUGCUUUUCGUUCUUUAAA